AUGGACAAGGCUCAAGACAACAAGCAACCACCAACCGCUCCUCCGGCGGUGGACAGGUUCAACGUCCCCGACAUCCCGCCUCAAGAUCAGGGGCUCAAAGUGUUGCACGAUCCCAAGGAUGUCGACGCCAUUGAUGUCGACAUCGUCGCCGUACACGGCAUCAUGGCCAACCCGACUUCGACGUGGAAACACAGCAAGACGGGGACCAACUGGCUCGCCGAUCCGUUGAUGCUCCCGGAGUCGCUCAAGGAGCACGGGGUCCGUAUCAUGGCCUUUGGUUACGAAUCGAAGUGGUUCGGAAGGGGCUCCGUGAGGCAGUCUCUCUCCAAUCUCGCAACCGAUCUUCUGCAGGCACUGAACCAGAAGAGAGAGCACUGUCCUCAGCGGCCGAUCAUUUUCAUCGCGCACUGCUUCGGCGGCCUGGUUGCACAAAAGGCCUAUACCAUGGCAGCACUCCAAGAGGGCGACUACCCGGGCAUCUGGAAGUCCACAAAGGGCAUGAUGUUCCUCGGCACGCCGCACAGCGGCGUCAACGACGGCACGAACUUGACGAAGCAGGGCCAGAUCUACGACGCCAUCGUGGCGCGGAAGCUCGAGGUCCAGGACAACGUGCUGCUCACGGUAGCGCGCGACAACGACGUGCUCGUCGACGCCGUCUCCGAGUUCGCGAGGAAGGUCAGCACGUCGGCGCCGCCGCCGAUGCUGUUCAGCUUCUACGAGCUGAAGCCGACCAACCUGGGCGCCAUCGUGGGCCAGAAGUUUGUUCCGGAAUUCGUCGUGGGCCAAUCUUCCGCCACGCUGCUCGGGCACGAGAAGCAGGGGCUGGCCCUCGACCACUUCGGCAUCAACAAGUUCGAGGACAACCAGGACAACAACUACCAGAAGGUCUCGUGGCGGAUCUUGAAGAUGGUCAGGGAGGCCAAGGUCGAUUCUCUCAACUCGAGGUAUUAG